UCGUUUUUCCGUCACUUUAGUUUUUAUGGGAUAAAUGGUGUUUUAAUUGGACAUCAAAUAUAAAAUUAAAUAUUAGGAAAGGUUUUCUCUUUAACAAAAUGAAAUCAUUAAUAGUUAUUUUAUAAAUUGUUUAUGGAUUUUAAAUCAUUAAUAGUUAUUUUAAAAAUUGUUUAUGGAUUUUAAAGUUUUGAUAACAAAUUCUGGUGAAGAAAGUUUGUUUACCACUCUUUCAACUGAAUUAGAGAGACGACUCCCUAAAGCUGCUGUUGAGUGGAAAAGAUCUUAUGGGCGACCUCCAAAAAGUGUUAUUCUGCAAGCUAGUUUUUGUAAAUUUGAUUCCAACCGACUAUCAUCAUCACUUGAUCCAAAUUUGCAAACUAAACCAUUACUGCAUAUAUUCUGGACAUCUUGUUUGGAUAAUGAUUAUUUCAAGUCCACUGUUAGAAAUAGUAUAUUAAAAUGGCAAAAAGAGUUAAUACAGCACAGAUGUUCCGAUUGGUUAAUAAUACAUGUUGUGAAGCAAGAAAAUGUUCGAUCUGGAAAAUCAAAAAUUCAACUUCCAAGAUCAUCAGUAUAUGACAAAAUUAAGUUAGAAUUUUGUCAAAAACUUCAAGAAAGAUGUCUUCAAUUAUGGGAGCCUGACAAAUCAACUUUGUUUACAAAGUCUGGAGAAUCUUGGGACAUGCUUCUUGUUCAAUUAAGGCGAUUGCUGAUUAAUUCUUUUGGUAAUUACUUAGAUUUAUUUGAAGAAAAAAUCCGUGUUGCUCGUGAGAAAUAUGCUGAUCCUGAUUGGUCGUUUAUUGAAUAUUUUAUUGCACAUGAAGAGUUAGCUUUAAUAUACCAAAGUAUUACCUUAAAGGAAGACGCUUUAGUGCAAUAUGACGAAGUUGAUGCAUUGCUCUCACAGUUUGUAAUUAACUGCAAGGGAAAAGAACCUCCAAAUUGGUUACAAGCUUUAUGUUUUACCCCAACUUCCUGGGAUGGCGUUACACUGAGCUCAACAGUUUGUACUCAUUACAGAGAUUUAAUUAAAUCAGGAAAGGCCAGUUUAUUAGAUUUUAGAAACUAUCUAUUUUCCCGACAAUGUAAACUGCUCAUUAAAAUGAAAAGGAGUUGGGAUAUUCCAUUGAGGUUAACAGAUUUUUUGUUUGCGAUGAUUCAUGAACUUGGUUUUCUAAAGAUUUCCAUGGAUUCUGGGAUGAUAUCGUGUUGGAUUAUAUUAACUUGUAUGCAAUUAUUUCAAGUUUUAGAAGCAACAGAAAAUAAGGAUCGUGUAUUUUCUACUUGCAUGGCUAAUUUGUAUUAUUACCUUUUUUCAAAACUUUAUGUUAUAGGCCAGUUAACUGGCUUGUAUUAUUAUCGUAAACAAACUGAAGUUGAAAUAGUUAAUGUAAAUAAUUUAUUAACAGGAAUAGGAAAGCACCAUGUAAGUAAAAAAGACACUUAUUCAUUUUCUAAAUCAUUAAAAUCUGCUCUGCAAUCUCAAUCAAAAUUUGGUGAACUUUUUAUUCAAAUAGCAAGUAAAUCAAUGGAAUCAUUCAAAGAACUUAACUAUAAACAUUUUACUGUUCGUGUUGGCGUCCAAUUAGCAAAUUAUUAUUUAGAACAUGAACAAUAUCUAGAUGCUGAUUCUUUACUCCAAGAAGCUCAAAAUAUUUAUAAAAACCAAAAGUGGGAAGUAUUGCACAACGAUAUCCUUAUUCCUUUAGCUCAUUGUCAAUCAAAACUUAAAUCUUAUAAACAAUAUCUAAAAUCUGUGUGUGUUUUAGCAUGCUCACCGUAUUUAAGUUUAAGUAAAAAAUUACAUUAUAAUGAAGAGUUGAUCAGGUUAAUGAGUGAAAAUAACUUAGGAUGUAUCAGUACUGAACCUCUAAUCAAAAUUAAAAAAAUUCGUAUACCAUUAGUAAAAGGUAAAGGACAUAUAGGAGACUGUGUUUCUGUUCAUGUUCAGGUUGACUUUGAGCUGAAAGAAUCAUUUUUUUGUCAAAAAGCUGUAGUUUAUUUCAAAUAUUUUGAUACUAAUACUUCUCAGGCCAAUAUCAUUUCAACAGAUUUAUUUCAGCAAAUUAAUAAAUUUGAGACAGUAAAUAGUAAAAUCAAAACUCCUUUAACAAAACAAAUAUCUUCAGAUAUUUCAGCAAGGACAUCGUUUACUCAAAAUACUUUAGUGAAGAGAAUAAAAGAGCAUAGGCGUACAUGGUCUAGAAAUAAAAAUAUUCCUGAUCUAAAUGACACAGAUGGUCCAGCAGUUUCAAAAGUUUUAUCUAGUUCUGUAAAAUCUUCUUCCGAAUCUUUAGAAAAUAUUAAAAGAAGUGGCAGCUCAUUAGAAAGGACUAAUUCUUUUGUUUAUAACAAACUUCCAGAAGAACAGUUUGUUACAGAAAAUCUAACCUCUAGCAGAGAAUCUAUUUCUAAAUCAGCUUCAAAUGGAAGUAUUUUUACUUAUGAUGAAGUAUUGGAUGCUUCUGAUUUAACAACAAAAAGCUCUGCAAUACAAGAUAAACAGCAUACCAUAACAGAUGUAUCAAAUUCUGGUAAAAGUUCAAUUGAUUUGAGUGUAACUUCUAAAGAUAGCAAUAGUUCGCUUAAUGUUUUGCAAAAUGAAAAUGAAAAAAAUCAAGAAAUCAAAAUUAAUGACUUUAUUCUCACUUUUGGUACUAACGAUCUAGUAUUCUCCACUAAGAUCAAUUUUGAAGGUAGAUUUAUUCUAAGUCACAUUGAAUUUUAUGUCUCAAAUGCUGUUUUUACUCAUAAGUUAAAACUCCCUAAUGAGCACUCUUUUUCUAUGGUUAUUGAGCCACCAAAAAUUGAAUGGACAUCAAAUUACAUAGUUGAUUCUUUAUUAACUGGAAGUAAAGAGCGCCUCUAUGUUACAAUGCUUAAUGGGCCUGGCAUUGUUAUUGAAAACUCUGUUUUGAAUAUUUUUUCAAAUUCUGGAUUAGUGUUUUAUGGAAUGAAUGAAACUGAUGCCUGCAUUUAUCCAUUAGAAAACAAUCAGUUGCCAAGACAUGCUGUUAUAUCAGUAACAACAAAUGAAAAUAAAGAAGCUGCAUUAAUACUACCUCAUUGUCUACCAUAUGAACGAAUUAAUAUUUGUUUUGACGUAGUAGCACCUUUAGAAAAUGAUGGUAAAACAAACAUACAACAUGAGAUUAUGUUUGUCUGCAGUUGGUUAAAAGAUUUAACCAUGCCAAUUGUACCAAUGCGACUGGAAUGCAUUUUUUAUGAACCAUUUCAAAUUAAAUAUGAUACAAUAUCUUGUGGAGAUUGCUUUUUGGUGAAGAUUACUUUGUGUGGCGUAAAUCCAGUAGAGUUAAAAUUUUUGGAACCAAUGAUUCUUGGUCAAAAUCAAGACAAAUUUUAUUUACUGGAUACAGCAAAGGAUAUAACUUUGUUUGGUAGCGAAGAAUAUACUCUCAUAUGGAAAUAUGAGUCUUUAGAAAAUUCUGAAGUAUGUACCAUAGAUUGUACAUUUAAAGUGAAUUUUAAACAGUCCAAGGAUGAUAUGCAAUCAUUGACAGUGUACAACGUUUACUCCAAAGAAUUAAAACUAAAGUUUUCAAAGUAUUCCUAUUCGUUACAAGUUAUAAUGGAUGAUUGUGAAUUAGUAAAUACAGCUCCCUUCAAAGUUGAAGUCAUAAUUACAAAAAGAGAAGCGGACUCGCUUGACAAGUUAUACUUAAUGCACGAUCCCUCAGAUACUGUAUGGAAAUCAAACAAAAAUAUUCAUCCGAUUUUCUUUGAAAAUAGUUUACAAACAAAAUUAUACAUAGAAUUAUCCACUGAACAGUCAGGGCUGGUACCUUGGCCACGAUUUUUGCUUUCAAAAGUUUAUUCAAUGGAAGUUGAAGGCGAUGGCAUCAGUUUCGAAAUGAUUACAGGAUUUCAGCGCCAUGAAAUUUUUACGGAUUCUAUGGCUCGAGUAUUAUUUAUUAGAUCUGUAUAAUGUCGCUGAAUUAUUUUUUUCUUGUUUACAAGAAGUAAUAAAAAUUUUUGAGGUGCUUUUA